AUGUUGCAUGGGAAGUACACAAAGGUGUUAACACCAGGAGGAAAGCACCAGAAACAUUCACAUAGGAAACGAACAAUGUUCACUGAGGACCAACUGGAAGCCUUGGAAUUCUUGUUCAGUCAGAACCCUUACCCCCCACCCAGCCUGCAGAAGGAGAUGGCCUUGAAACUGGAGAUCCACCCGACAGUACUCCAGGUUUGGUUCAAGAACCACAGGGCAAAACUCAAGAAAGCCCAAUACAAGCACAUGCAGCAAAAACCAGAACCCGAACAAGAGCAUGGAGCUGGGGUGGACCUCAAGACCAGCUCUCCCAAGAGAAACAUGGCUACAUCUCCAGGAUUCUCUCAUGGUGCCUACCCUGCAUCCCUGGUUUACACAGAUCAUCCAAUACCUUCCUUCCAACUCCGCAUAUGCCCCAAUUUGAAGGCUCUCCCAGACCAUUCCAUUGGCCACAAAAUAGUCCACUUUGGCUGCUGUCAAGAUCCUAAUAUCUACUCCCUUUGUCCCAUUUUGGAAUCACAGAUUCUUUCUGCAAGUUUCACUGCUAAUCCCUUUGGUUCUACAUCACCACAAAGAGCCUUAUGAGAGAAGCCAGACACAAAACGUUACAUAUUGUCAUUUGCAACGAUGCCCAAACAAGGGACAGAUAUGAGAUCUACACAACCUGGACGCAUUUCAAAACCAUGAUACUCCAUGAAAAGAAAAAAAAAAAGACACAAAAAUGCCCGUGUGGUGGAAUUAAGCAGAAAGAGGCAGUAAAACUUACUGGGGAUGGUGAUGUUUCAUGUCUUGAUUAGGAUGAAGCCUACCUGGAUGUAUAAAGUCAUCAGAAGACACAGAAGUGUGAUACUAUGUACAUCAUAAAAAACAAUC